GGAGCGGAGGAUGGUCCUGCCGCGGCGGGAGGCAGCGUUGUCAUUGUCACGGCGGCGCCUUUAGCGUAGAGCGAAGGACGAGCGAGGCUUCGGUGCGUGCUGAAGUCGCUGCAUUACUUUCUCUGUCUUUCUUUUCAUUUUUUCGCCGGAGGAUGAAGCGCCCCGAGGAGAGACAGCUGUUUUCCGAAAGGAGAUUGCUGUGCCGAGAGUGAUCAAGACUGGGACUUCCCCAAAGAUUUGCAGUUUGUUGGGAAAGGACGGUGUGGGAGGAGGGAAAGCAACGCGGUGCAAUCCACCACCCGGAGGGUCAAAGUCAGCAGAGAGCGAUCCGGGAAACAGCGAGUCGGUCCUGCGUGUUCCAGCAUCUUUCAUGAAUACGUGGGUCUUUUUAGGGCUUUACAUUUUUACUUUCUGGCUUGAACCUGAACGACUGAAGCACUGAUUAGGACGUUAGCCAGCGGAUGCUGCGAGCACGUAGUGAGAACUCACCAAGACAUUGAAAGCACCCGGGGGUGAAUAACCAGUGCUUAAAAAGUUGAACAGAUCUUUUGGCGUUCACCCCUAUAUAUGUAUACGUAGAUACAUUGAUGUAAUCAAGAUUAUUUUAAUAACUACCAGUGACCUGUAAGAGAUUUGUCAACAUGGCUUCCCCUCCACACCAGCAGCUGCUACAUCACCACAGCACCGAGGUAAGCUGUGACUCCAGUGGAGACAGCAACAGCGUCCGGGUAAAAAUCAACCCCAAGCAGCAUUUGGGCUGUUCCUCCAACCCUCACCCCAAACACUGCAAGUACAGCAUCUCCUCCAGUUGUAGCAGCUCAGGUGAAUCAGGAGGGGUUCCUAGGAGAACCGGAGGUGGAAGCCGAGGCCUCCGCAGGAAAAAGAAACUGCCACAGCUUUUUGAGAGAGCUUCUAGUAGAUGGUGGAACCCCAAAUUUGACUCUACCAACCUAGAGGAGGCUUGUAUGGAAAGGUGCUUUCCACAGACCCAGCGCAGGUUCCGCUAUGCUCUCUUCUACAUUGGCGUGGCCUGUCUUCUAUGGGGCAUCUAUUUUGGUAUCCACAUGCGAUCUCAAUUGAUUGUCUUUGUGGUUCCAACUCUGUGCUUCCUUUUGGUGUGUGUGUGUUUUUUUCUAUUUACCUUCACAAAGCAUUAUGCUCGGCAUUAUGUGUGGACCUCACUGAUCCUUAUCCUCCUGGUUUUUACUCUGACUCUAGCUUCACAGUUUCAGGUUUUGCCACCUCUCUCAGGAAGUGAUGACGGCUCCAAUCAUACUCCCCUUGCUAUGUCCACAGACACUUGCUUAUCUCAAGUAGGCAGUUUUUCCAUGUGCAUUGAAGUGCUCUUGUUACUCUAUGCUGUUAUGCACUUACCUCUAUAUUUAAGCUUGUUCUUGGGAGUAGCCUAUUCUAUUCUUUUUGAGCUCUUUGGGUAUCAUUUCCGAAAUGAAUGCUGUUUCCCAUCAUCUGGAAUGAGAUCGAUGCACUGGGAGCUGCUGAGCAAAGCUUUGCUCCACAUAUGUAUUCAUGCCAUUGGGAUUCACUUAUUUAUCAUGUCUGAAGUUAGAUCAAGGAGCACAUUCCUUAAAGUGGGACAAUCAAUUAUGCAUGGCAAAGACUUGGAGGUAGAAAAAGCCCUGAAAGAGCGAAUGAUUCACUCUGUGAUGCCAAGGAUCAUAGCUGAUGACUUAAUGAAGCAAGGGGAUGAUGAAAGUGAGAACUCAGUCAAACGACACUCCACCUCAAGCCCCAAGAACAGGAAGAAAAAGUCUUCCAUACAGAAAACUCCCAUAAUAUUUCGUCCUUUUAAGAUGCAGCAAAUUGAACAAGUAAGCAUUUUGUUUGCAGAUAUUGUUGGCUUCACUAAAAUGAGUGCCAACAAGUCUGCUCAUGCCCUGGUGGGUCUCCUGAAUGAUUUGUUUGGUCGAUUUGACCGUUUAUGUGAAGACACAAAAUGUGAGAAAAUAAGUACUCUGGGUGACUGCUAUUAUUGUGUGGCAGGGUGUCCAGAACCCAGAGCAGAUCAUGCCUAUUGCUGCAUCGAAAUGGGUUUAGGCAUGAUCAAAGCCAUUGAACAGUUCUGCCAGGAGAAGAAAGAAAUGGUGAACAUGCGAGUUGGGGUUCACACUGGGACAGUUUUGUGUGGCAUUCUGGGCAUGAGGAGGUUUAAAUUUGACGUGUGGUCAAAUGAUGUGAACUUAGCCAAUCUUAUGGAGCAGCUGGGUGUGGCUGGCAAGGUUCACAUUUCAGAGGCUACAGCAAAAUAUUUAGAUGAUCGUUAUGAAAUGGAGGAUGGGAAAGUUAUCGAACGCGUUGGCCAGAGUGUUGUCGCUGACCAGUUGAAAGGUUUGAAGACAUACCUGAUAUCGGGUCAGAGAGUCCUGAAAGAAUCCCAUUGCAGCUGUUCAGAGGCCUUGCUUUCUGGCUUUGAGGCAGGGGAUUGCUCAAGCUUGUCUUCAGGCCCUAAAUUACAGGGAACAUCAUCACCAGAGAGUGUCAGUGACUUGGCGAAGACUUUUAAAACCUUUGAUAAAAACAAGACAUGUCCUUCAUGUGGUGUUACAUUUGCUCCCAACUGUGAAGCCAGUCCUGAAGAAGGAGCAAUUCAGAAUGGCUCUCAAGAUGAGCAUAAAAAUAAUGCCAAGCAGGCUUCUGGAGGACAUAGUCCAAAGGCCCAAAAUGGACUUCUGAAUCCGCCUCAGGAAGAGAAGCUCACCAAUAGUCAGACGUCAUUGUACGAGAUGUUACAAGAGAAAGGAAGAUGGACAGGGGUGAGCUUGGAUCAGUCCGCUCUCCUUCCGCUGAGAUUCAAGAACAUCCGAGAGAAGACAGAUGCUCAUUUUGUUGAUGUUAUUAAGGAAGACAGCCUGAUGAAAGACUACUUCUUUAAGCCACCUAUUAAUAAACUGAGCUUGAAUUUCUUGGAUCGGGAUCUAGAGAUGGCCUACAGGACUAGCUAUCAGGAAGAGGUUAUAAAAAAUUCUCCUGUGAAGACAUUUGCCAGUGCUACCUUCAGUUCCCUCCUGGAUGUGUUUUUGUCAACAACAGUUUUCCUCAUUCUGUCCAUCACCUGCUUCCUAAAACAUGGGAUGGCUUCUGCCCCUCCCCCGCCAGCUGCAGUUGUGAUUUUCAUCAUCGCUGUUCUGUUGGAAGUGUUCUCCCUCAUCGUUUCUAUUAGAAUGGCAUUUUUCCUUGAGGAGGUAAUGACUUGUACUAAGCACCUGCUGGAGGUGAUAGCUGGUUGGCUACCUCGGCAUUUCAUUGGCGCAAUCCUGGUCUCACUCCCAGCCCUUGCAGUUUAUUCACAUUUUACCUCUGAAUUUGAAACAAACAUACAUUAUACCAUGUUUAUGUGCUCUGCAGUCCUGAUCACCAUUGUGCAAUACUGUAAUUUUUGCCAGCUUAGUUUCUGGAUGCGAUCAUCAUUAGCAACAAUUGUUGGAGUUGUGCUCGUCAUUCUACUCUAUGUCUCUUUGUGUCCAGACAGUUCCAUAGAAACUUCCCACUUAGAUGCAGCACAGAAUUUCAGUUCCAGGAAGAAUCCCUGCAACACUUCAAUGCCAAAUUUUAGCAAAAAACCAGCAGACCUAAUUGGCCAGGAGGUGACACUCGUUUGCUUUCUCCUGCUUUUACUGGUCUGGUUCCUAAAUCGAGAGUUUGAAGUCAGUUACAGACUUCACUAUCAUGGAAGUGUGGAGGCUGAUCUUCACCGUACCAAAAUCCAGAGUAUGAGAGAUCAAGCUGACUGGCUGCUAAGAAACAUUAUUCCUUAUCAUGUGGCAGAGCAACUGAAGGUUUCCCAGAGCUACUCUAAAAACCAUGAUAGUGGAGGGGUAAUCUUUGCCAGCAUUGUCAACUUCAGUGAAUUUUAUGAAGAGAACUAUGAAGGAGGCAAGGAAUGCUACCGAGUCCUAAAUGAACUGAUUGGGGAUUUUGAUGAAUUGCUGAGCAAACCAGAUUAUAACAACAUCGAGAAGAUAAAAACCAUUGGGGCCACAUACAUGGCAGCCUCAGGGCUGAAUACCUCCCAGUGUCAAGACAGCAACCAUCCACAUGAACAUUUACGAACCCUUUUUGAAUUUGCCAAAGAAAUGAUGCAAGUUGUGGAUGACUUCAACAACAACAUGCUCUGGUUUAACUUUAAACUUAGAAUCGGCUUUAACCAUGGACCCCUCACUGCAGGGGUUAUCGGCACCACGAAGUUACUCUACGACAUCUGGGGAGAUACGGUAAACAUUGCCAGCAGGAUGGAUACUACUGGAGUUGAGUGCCGCAUACAGGUGAGCGAAGAGAGCUACCAUAUCUUGAACAAGAUGGGAUAUGAAUUUGACUACAGGGGGACAGUAAAUGUGAAGGGAAAAGGUCAAAUGAAAACCUACCUUUAUCCAAAAUGCAUGGACAGCGGGAUUGUGCCACAUCACCAGUUAUCUAUCUCACCAGACAUCCGAGUUCAAGUAGAUGGCAGCAUUGGACGGUCUCCAACAGAUGAGAUUGCCAACUUGGUGCCUUCUGUUCACAAUUCUGACAAGACAUCUUACGGUUCUGAUGGUAAUACACAGGCUAAGGAUGUUUACCCUUCUUCCAAGAAGGCUCGGAAAGAUCCAGUAAAAGCAGAAGAAAGGUGUAGAUUUGGCAAAGCCAUAGAAAAGAGUGACUGUGAGGAAGUGGAAGCUGAAGAAGCCAAUGAGCUGACCAAACUAAAUAUUUCAAAGAGUGUAUGAUGCAGCCACAAAGAGCUAGCUGCAUGAGGUGCUCUAUCCAUAGAAACACAAUAAUAUUUACAAUUUGGCUGUUUUUCUUUUCAAGAGACACAUUUCCAGUGCCUAGGUGUUAUGUUGUCAUUCAAACCCUGACUUCUGUGUGGAUCAUGGAUGUUCAGGGUUCAUUUCCAUCCAUCUCUCUGCCCGCACUUCCCCCCCUUGAAAAGCUUCCCACCUCUUUCUGUAAUUAUCUUUCAGCAGUGUGGAGGAUAAUAAGUGCCUUCAGGUAUAUUCCAUGGCCUUGAAGUCUAGGUACAGAGGCCAUUGGUGAAAUCAUGGCUUUGGGUAUCAAUUGCAUUUUAAAACAAAAGCUGUGGUUAAGAUAUCAUUUUUAUUGUUGUUUCUCACAAGACACUUUUUUUGGCUAAUACAACUCUUUGAGAUUUGUUUAUUUCCUUGUGUAUAUAUAAUAGUAAUAGUGUUUUACAGUCAUCAUCUGACCUUUCUAUGUAAACACACUUGCAUUUAUGAAAUUGAUAUACAAGUGCCAAUAAUGUACUGAGAAGGGACGUUAGAGGAAAGGAAAUAACGUACAGUGAGCUGGCAAAGGCAUUGACUCCACAGUGGCUUGUCCUUUAGGUAAAGCCUGCAGUGUAGCCGUGGUGAUUCCAUCCUCUUUUGCAAAUGCUUUGAAAACACGCAUAUGCCAUUGUGUGUAUUGGAUGCGCCACUUCCCUUACGCUCAGUGGUUUUCAGGGCAACCUUCACAGUGCAAACAGGUAACAAAGCAUCUUCAGUCUGGGCCAUCCAGUAUCAGAGAAGCCAUUUUCACUUUAGUGAAUCCCUACUCUUAAGGGAUUUUCAAGUUCAAAGUUAGUGUCUUUGAAGUAUGUGUGUCUAAGAGAAGAACUUAAAAUAAAUGUCUUAGGGUUGCAUUUAUUUAUUUAUUUAUUUUCAAGAAAUGUGAUUAGGUUGGAGAUGGGUUUGGGGGUAGGGGUCUUGCCAGAGGGAAAUGGAUUUUGUUUGCAAAGAAUAUAAUAUAACGAUAAUCAGAUGUCCGUUAGUAUUUCAGCCGCCUAGCUACCAACCACUGCGAGGACACGGAGCAGUAUUUACAUCAAAGCGGGUGUGGAUUCCAAGUCAUCAAAUGCAUGUUGACUCUGAAGAUCCCAGCUUCCCAUUCUGUAUGGAACGCUCCUCCUGCCCAGUGCCCUCAGGUUUUGUAUUGUGGUACAUUGUUGCACUCUGGCAUUCUGCUGGCUUUCUGCUUGCCCUCUUCAUUCACUGCAGGUAUUAGAUCAAAAUGCUUUCUCUGUUCCGUUUAAGGAUGUAUAUAGAAAGAGCUUUCAUCAUGAGCUGUAAGCAACACAGGAACUGGUCACCAAUAUUAGUACUCCCUUUGUUUCCACAAAUUUGAAUCAUUUUUUCUUUUCUUUAUUAUUUCAGAGUAGAUGACUUACGGGGGGGUGGCAAAAUAUGUUCCUUUAAGCUAGUUCUUACCUGUUUUAGAUCAAAAGAGUUCUUCCACUAUACUAUAAGAUGAAACAAUCUGUCCAAAGUUGAGUUGAUUGGCCUAAGAGAAUAGGAAAAACCUCCUUCUGCAGUCACAUUGAAUUGUUUUACUCCACCUUGAGUUCAAAGUUCCUUAAGAGCUGAGCCCAGAUGAGAGUUUCUCUAAGAGCUCUUGAUAGUUCUGAGGCAAUACUAAAAUAUGGCUCAUAAAAUAGUUUGAGAAAGCCACUUCUACAUUUAAAGCUCCAUAUAUGACUUACCAUCAACAUGUCACCCCAUUCGAAUACUAUUCUAACUGCCCUUACCAAAUCCUUGGUUCUCAUGACGUUGUUCUCCCCUGAGUGAAAUCUGACUCACAGCUCAGGUUUAAUCAGAAAGGACCCACAGAUGGGCACCUACUAGUAUAGCGUUAUAUCCAUAAUGUUGAUUUUAUAGGGCAAUAACAUCGUUAUCAGUAACAGUAAUAUUUACCUGCCAAUUUGUUGGUCUUCCAAUGUUGAAGGAAGUGUAGUUAUUCAAAUACCUCUUGCCUGUAAAGAAUGUAUUCCUCCCCAAAAAUGCAGAAUUUAUUUUUAUUUCUUAAGAAAUAAUAAUAAUAAAAGACUCUAAUUUAUUGAUGAAUUGCUGAUCUGCUUUGGUAGGCGGAGCUUCCACAAUCCCUACAUGGAUGGAAUCACAGGUCCAGACCAGUAACAAUAACUCAGAUUUAUAUAAGAUUUUCCUCACAACCACCCUGCGUGGUAGGUUAUAUUAGUUUUAUUAUCCCUGUUCUACAGGUGAGGAAACUAAGGAUCAGGGAAAUGAAAUGGCCUGCCCAUGGUUGUUGGAUUCAAACCCAACUCCAGGCAAGCACUCUGUCUCUCACAUCCCACUGCUUCUCAUGCUAAGUGAUGCUUUCCUUCUUUGUGGAAAUGUUCUCUUGAGGGUAUUUUCUUCUCUCAGUAUUAAAGAGUGUGAACAUUUUAA